UCGUUACCCGCAGCAAAUCCACCGGCGUCCUCAUAUUUGACUCUGCCUUUCAUCCUGCUUUGUGUGUUUCUGCUCAUCUACUUAUUCUUCUAGUCUUUACUUUCAUUUUUUACGCACCGAUGAUGGCGGUCAUUGGCAUCCGGAGCCAGGAGAAGAAAUCAGAGUCUCAUGAUACGACAGCGCUGCAGCUGAAGAAGAGGAACGAGGAGUUGGAGAAGGAGCUGAGGCAGAGCAAGGAGAGGGAGGAGCUCAUGAGGCGUGAGCUGCAGAGCACCUGGGAGAGGCUCCACGUGGCCGAAGACGCCGAGGAGAGACUCUGCUCUCAGCUCGGCGAAUUGGAGGCCGAGGCUCUUCACCAGGCGCGUGAUUAUCACGCUCGCAUCGUAACUCUCAUGGACCAACUCUCCCAGGCACAGAAUCUCCUCAAGACUCGAUCCAUUUCCAUUCCUUCUUCUUCCUGAUCAGUUAUCACUCGUGCCUUUUAUCCUCGAUUGCCCUCCUUUUUGUUUAAUAAAAUAUAAAUUGUAGCAUGUUGUAGUAGAAAAUUGUAGAUAGACGUUUUGUAAUCCAUAUGUGAAGUCUCUUUGGCGUGGAUCAGUUCUCUCUCGUCCUUUCUCUGUUGUGAAAGAAUUUAGAGGAAAGAAGUCGAAUGGUUCUCUGCGAAAGUUUCUGUUGUAGAUAAACCAUGGUGCCUCUGGUAUGCUUAACGGAGGGAUUAUGUUAUGAUGAUGGCAAUUUUCUUUUAA